UGCCAUCUACUGGUGAUUGUUACGAUGUCAAUGAAAACCAUAAUAUUUAGGUUAGAAUACUUGUCGAGUUAAGUAAAUAAAUAUUGUUUAAUCAGUAGAUAAAAUGGCAAAGAAAGAGGAGGAAUUUAACGAGUUUUAUACUGAAGUUAAGGAGAUUGAGAAGAGGGAUUCAGUUUUGACCCCAAAGCAACAGAUUGAUAGACUGCUCAGACCUGGAUCGACAUACUUUAAUUUAAAUCCAUUUGAGGUGCUUCAAGUUGAACCCGAAGCUCCCAUAGACACCAUUAAGAAGACAUAUAGAAAGUACUCAAUCCUUGUGCAUCCUGAUAAGAAUCAGGAUGAUUCUGAUAGGGCCCAGCAGGCCUUUGAAAUUAUUAACAGAGCCUGGAAGACUUUGGAGAGUGAUGAAACCAGGCAAAAGUGCAUGGACAUUGUGGAAGAAGCAAAAGGACGAACUGACCUUAUGCUGGCUGAGAAGCGAAAGAAAGCGAAAAAAGAGGGCAAAGAUGGAAUCCCUGAGGACGAUCCCGAAAAGUACAAACAUGCGGUAUAUGUUCUUACAAUGAAACUUUUUGCAGAUAUGGAGAGAAAGAGGCGUGAACUAGCCGAAAGGGACCAGGAAGAGCGGAAACGCAAACGCGAACAGGAAAUCGAGGAAGAGGAAAAUGAUAAAGCGCAGAAAGAAUGGCAAAAGAAUUUCGAGGAGUCGAGGCAGAAUCGCGUCGAGAGUUGGCAGACAUUCAAGGCCGGCUCGUCGUCAUCGAAAAAGCCGAAAGCCACGAAAAAGAUGAAAAUGUUUAAGCCUCCGAAGAACAAACCAGAAUCCAGAUAGGCGUUGACAUCAUCUAUCCCCCCCCCUGAAAUAUUAAUUUACUAAUAAUGUUUAGUAUUUAUUUUCUUACUAUCUCCUUAGAACGUCACUAGAUCUAUAUAUUUGAUUAUCCCGAAUUCUUCGUAUAGUUUAUGAAGAUUAAGGGAGGAACGAAAAUCAUCAGUAGGGGUUUUAUUUAAAUUAAUUUGAGGACGACAUGAUUCGAAUUUUGU